CCCCCCUCUAUUUUUAGAUAUAGAAAAACAAAAAUUAUCUCAUAAGGAGAAAAAGAAAAUGAAAAAACAGAUGGAAUUCAACCGAGUUUUAGAAUCGGUGGGAAAACUUUCAGUUGGAAAAGACUGCGAUCAGUUUACAGUUUCUCAAGCAGAUAAAUCAGCUGCUCAACAGUUGCAAAUGGAAAAUGCUGUGGAUAUUAAAGUAGAAAACUUUUCUAUUUCUGCUCGAGGGAAAGAUUUGUUUGUGAAUGCCACCCUUAAUAUUUCGGCCGGUAGGAGGUAUGGAUUGGUCGGACCAAAUGGUCAUGGAAAGACAACAUUAUUGAAACAUAUUGCAAAUCGUUCUUUAAACAUUCCUCCAACUAUUGACGUUCUUCUUUGUGAGCAAGAGGUGGUUGCUGAUGAUACACCUGCCGUCGAAGUCGUGUUGAAAGCCGAUACAAAAAGAGAAAAAUUACUGGAAGAAAUGAACAAAUUGGAAAGUGAAGUGAAUAAAGGAAAUAUCAAAAAUCAGAGUCGUCUCAAUGAUAUUUAUGAAGAAUUAAGAAUAAUAGGAGCUGAUUCAGCAGAAGCCAGAGCAAGACGUAUUUUAGCUGGUUUGGGUUUCUCUAGGGAAAUGCAAGACCGUCCAACUAAACAUUUUUCUGGAGGAUGGAGAAUGAGAGUAUCACUUGCAAGGGCCUUAUUCAUGGAACCUACUCUACUAAUGUUGGAUGAACCUACUAAUCAUUUGGAUCUUAAUGCUGUGAUUUGGUUAGAUAAUUAUCUUCAAGGUUGGAAGAAGACAUUGCUUGUUGUAUCCCACGAUCAAAGUUUUUUAGAUAAUGUUUGUACAGACAUUGUUCAUCUAGAUAAUCAAAAAUUAUUUUAUUAUAAAGGCAACUUCAGUCAGUUUAAAAAAAUGUAUAUCCAGAAAAAGAAAGAAUUAAUCAAAGAAUAUGAAAAGCAAGAAAAGAGGCUUAAAGAUAUGAAAGCAUCUGGAAAAUCAACAAAGGCUGCUGAAAAAGCAACCAAAGAUGCUCUUACAAGAAAACAACAAAAAAAUAAACAGAAGUUGCAUUCUGAGGCAGACGAUAAUGGACCUACCGAAUUAAUUAAAAAACCUAAAGAUUAUAUUGUCAAAUUUUCAUUUCCAAAUCCUCCGCCACUUAAUCCACCAAUUCUUGGUUUGCAUAAUGUACAGUUUGGUUAUCCAAAUCAACCACUUUUAUUUAAAGACUUGGAUUUUGGAAUUGAUAUGUCUUCUAGGAUUGCUGUUGUUGGUCCAAAUGGGGUUGGGAAAAGUACAUUUUUAAAAUUAUUAACUGGAGAUCUGACACCUCUGAAGGGUGAACAAAGGAAGAAUCAUCGUUUGAGAAUUGGAAAGUUUGAUCAACAUUCUGGAGAACAAUUGAACCUAGAAGAGACUCCAGUAGAAUAUCUACAAAGAUUGUUUAAUCUCAAUUAUCAAGAUGCUCGUAAACAGCUCGGCACAUUCGGUUUAGUAAGUUAUGCUCACACAAUCAAAAACAGUGAUUUAUCAGGAGGGCAAAAAGCGAGAGUAGCGUUAGCUGAAUUAUCCCUCAGAGCACCAGAUGUUCUGAUUUUGGAUGAACCUACAAAUAAUUUAGAUAUAGAAUCUAUUGAUGCUUUAGCAGAAGCCAUAACAGAAUAUGAAGGUGGUGUCGUGAUAGUCAGUCACGAUGAACGUCUUAUACGUGAAACAAACUGUCAACUUUGGAUUAUAGAAAGUCAAGAUAUAGAUGAAAUUGAUGGCGACUUCGACGACUACCGAAGAGAAUUAUUGGAAUCUUUAGGAGAAAUCAUAAAUAACCCAAGUAUAGCAGCCCAACAAGCUAUGAAACAAAAAUAGGAAACUAAUUAGUUAAAAAAAUAAUUAUAUAAUUUUUGGCUGGUUCCAUAAUCUUGUUAUUUGUUACAGAAAUAAUAUAUUCACUCAUUUCAAAAAUUAAUUCGUUUUAUAUUUCUUACCUGUCGAACCCAUCACAAUGUUAUAUUUUCUAUUCCAAUUUUUCUGUAAAUGAUAUCAAAAGGAAUUACAAACUGUUGCAGAUAUCAUGGCAAUAAAUUAUUUUUUGGUAUUUA